AUGGUGCGUGCUUUGCAAGGGCGGAGAAGUUGCAGCAACGGGCAGUCCGAGAGGCUCACCGUGGCUUGGCUGUUUUUGGGUUCCUUGGCCGUGCUGAUUUACGCCGGGGACUCUUUCCUUGCAGUGCAAGUUGACCAAGACCACGGUAAGCUGCUGGGCAUGCUGCUGCUCUACGGGGGCGUGCUGAUCCUGCUUGGCGCCCUGAUGCAUGCAUUAGCCGAGUCCUGCCGUUCAACCGCUCCAACCACCGUAGAUCGGGACGGCUCGAGUGUGGAUCGGAGUUGGUCCCAGGGAGAUGGGUUGCCAGCUCUUCGCAGCUACUCCUCGGACUGGAGAUCUUCCAGGACCAGAGAAAGCGUGCCAAACCAGGCCAGCCAGGGCAUCCGAUGCAUGAUUUGGGCAUCCUGCACAUACCGGCAGUUGGGUGCAGAUGUGUCCGCCUUCCACACAGUCUACUCCUCCAGAAAUUACAAACUCGCGGAAGGGAGCCCCGUCUCCAUUUUGCCGGCCGUUCCGGUGGUGCGCAGCAGCACCUGCGUCUGUUGCUUGGAGGAUUUCCGACCCUGCAGUGCGGUGGCAGUCCUCAGGUGUGGGCAUACCUUUCACAGAAGAUGCAUUGAAAGCUGGGUCCUCUCCGGCUCAUCGUCUGCUGCUGCAUGCCCUGUGUGCCGCGAAAGUUUGGAACUGCGGACGGCUUGA